ACAACGCCGCAUCGAUUCCCCGAACCGCCAUGGCUCUCCUCCCUCGUACAGCGCGCCUCGCCCUUCUCUCCGCCCAAAGGUCGGCCGCGAUCCAUGCGGCCGCGCCUUUAUCCUCCUCCGCUGGCCCCUCUCCAUCCCCGGCGCCGUAUGCGCGGGCGCCUCCCCCUUCGGCGUCGUCGCCGACGGGACUCUCGAAGACGGCAGAGUACGUGAUCUCGAAGGUGGACGAUCUGAUGAACUGGGCCCGCCGCGGGUCGAUCUGGCCGAUGACCUUCGGGCUCGCCUGCUGCGCGGUGGAGAUGAUGCAUGCCGGCGCCGCGCGCUAUGAUUUCGAUCGCUUCGGUGUCAUCUUCCGCCCGAGCCCUCGCCAGUCCGACUGCAUGAUCGUCGCCGGAACACUCACCAACAAGAUGGCACCUGCUCUGCGCAAGGUUUACGAUCAGAUGCCUGAGCCUCGGUGGGUGAUCUCAAUGGGCAGCUGCGCGAACGGCGGAGGCUACUAUCACUACUCAUACUCUGUCGUUCGUGGCUGCGAUAGGAUCGUUCCGGUCGACAUCUACGUCCCUGGAUGCCCUCCUACAGCUGAGGCACUACUCUAUGGCGUCCUCCAGCUCCAGAAGAAGAUUAAUAGGCGCAAGGAUUUCCUUCUUUGGUGGACCAAGUAGAGCAGUUAAUCAAUCAAUCACUGCUUCACAGAGUCUCAUAGAUCAUGUGUUUUCAUAUCCCCACUUAAUAAUUCCAUGCAGUUUAUGCACUAGCUUGAAUACUCUUAUCAAUGUCGUGUUAAGGUUUCUGCACAACCUUUUUUAUUAAGUUGUGGUUUAUGUGAAAGUUUUUCGGGCCUUUAUGUGUAUGUUUGGAUUGUAAAAUGACAGGAGGAAAAAUGUAUGAAAUUAUAUAGACUUAUUUUAUCUUA